AGUAUGACUCGAAAGUCGAAACCUUUCAAAUUCUCCCAUCUCUCUCAAAACACAUAUAUAUACUGUAAAACUUAACUUUAGACGGAGAGGGAAAGUCCGAUAUUUGAGUUUAUCAGAAGGAUUGAAAGGUCCAGUGGAGGUGCUCUAUACUACACUACCGAGUCCAUAGGGAGUGAGUGAGAGAUGCAUGACGAGGAAUCUUACCGUCGUCGUCGUCGUGUGGUGGGAUUUAUUGUGCAGUCCACUCACGAACUGCAAGUCCCUCCGAUUGUCAAGUACUCCGCACUUUGUCUUUUCACUGACCGAUUUUACUCCUCUAUCUCCAGAAAGGGCCUGGACAAAGUACAUUGGCUUUUGGAUCCUAUAAGUGAAAGUAAUCUUCAGUUAUUUGCUCUUGCUUCUAUAUGGAUCUCUAGCAAAAUUCACUCGUCUCCUCCUCUUUCUUUCAAGACACUGAAGUCAUUGGGAGACAAGAGUAUUUCUGAGCAACAUUUUACAACAAGAGACUUUUUAGAUGCAGUAAGCUAGCUAUUUUUUAAUAAAGUUCCAAGGGUGUAUAAUUCCAUUUUCUAAUUCUCCAGGUGGUGAUAAGCUACUUUGUAGGAGCUAUUGCUAAUGCAGGUAUUGAAAUAUGAGAUUGGCGUGUCAUGCAUUGCCUAUGUAUUCCUGGAGGAUCUCAUUAUUCAAUUGAAGGAUGUUGCACGCGUGGGUGAACAUGUGAGCUAUGAAGCUUGCAUGGAUAUCAUGGACCUACUUUAUGAAAUGGAGGAGACUUCAGUUCUUUUCACUACUUCGAAAUGCUUAGCGGCAUCUAUAUUGGCUGCUGCAUAUGUGAUCACAGUUCCCGUACAACGAUGGGAGUUCCCUAUUCUUCCUUGGGUUGUGUUUGUCACUUCAUGCAGAGAGCAGGAGGUUGUGAAUACGGUCAAAGUUAUUCUAAGCCAUGUUUUUGAACCGGGCCCACGUCCUUGAUUUGGAGGGAUCUGUCGCUCUUUAUAUCUUGCUGAAGAUCAAUCACAAGGAUGCGACCCCAAUUGCACGCUUAGUCAAAGGUCAACAAACACAACCAUACCUUGCACCGUCUUUAAAAAUUUGUUUCAGAUUGUCUCCAUGGACAUUUAUGAUAUUUUCUUUUGCAAAUUGAGACAUAUAGCUGGAUUUCAUUAGUAGUCAUACUAGUUUUUGCUGUACUACCUUUCUUCUUUACUCUUAAUCUUUUCAGUUCGUCUCAAAAUAAUAUUCGAUUUCUCAUUUUGGCAGGGACGAAGACACAAUGAUGGAUUGAUGCCACUCGCCAGCAACCACUGCUUGCCGGCCACCGCCGCUCGCCGGCAACCACCGUUUGCCGGCCACCG